AUGCUGAAACUACUUUAUCUAGUGGCGAUCUGCCUCAUUCUCUAUGUCUCCAGAUCAAUCGCAACGGUCAUUUCUGACCGGCGGAAAGCCAAAACCCUCGGCUGCCAGCCAGGUCGCUCGAUAAAGAACCGACUGCCCCUGGGGUUUGAUAUGUUUCAGAAGUUCAAGACGGCCUUUGACAAUGGCCGCUUCCCUCAAGAGAUGGCAAAGAUAUUUGUCGAGCAACGAUCUCGAACUUUCGGAUUAAGCCUGUUUGGUUCCAAUUUUAUCCAGACUGCCGAACCGAGAAAUAUUCAGGCUUUGCUUGCUACUCAGUUUUCCGAUUUUGAUUUGGGUGAUUUGCGUCGACAGGCAUUCUAUCCGUUGUUGGGAAAUGGCAUCUUCACAGCUGAUGGCAAGGCAUGGGAGCAUUCUAGAGCAAUGAUUCGACCGCAGUUUGUGCGGGAUCAAGUAGCUGACCUCGCAUAUGAAGAGAACCAUGUGCAGGAGCUGCUUCAACAGCUAGUCACCGACAAGUUGGGCUGGACGAAGCCAACAAGCAUCGUUCCCUUAAUUUUUCGUCUGACGUUUGACUCUACAACCGAGUUUCUCUUUGGUACAAACGUAUAUUCUCAGCGUCAGGCUGGCAACCAGAAUGAGACAGCUUUAUUUGAAUGGAACACACUGGCUGAGAGCUUCGACUUGGCCAAGAAACAUUUGUGCGAUCGUAUGCAACUUGCCCAAUUUUACUGGCUGCACAACCCCAAGGAGUUCCGAGAAAACGUUCAAGAGGUGCAUCGCUUUGCCGACUUCUGCGUCCAAAACGCGCUCAAACGAGUCGAGCAGCUCGACCGACAGUCCGAAAAGUCUGGCAACACCAGGUAUAAUUAUACUUUCCUUGAUGAACUUGCCAGAGUCACAAAGGAUCCCGUUGAGUUGAGAAGCCAGGCGAUGAAUCUCCUCCUUGCCGGUCGAGAUACGACUGCAAGCCUUCUCAGCUGGACCAUCUGGCUCUUAGGUCGUCACCCGGCUAUUUUUAACAGACUUCGCAACCAAAUCCUUGAAGAUUUUGGGCCCUAUGAGCAGACAGAGAAAAUCACGUUCAGUUCGCUCAAGUCAUGUACCUAUCUUCAACAUGUCUUGAAUGAGGUACUACGUCUGUACCCGCCGGUUCCCAUGAAUUCACGACGAGCUGUCAAGGACACCACUCUACCACUUGGAGGCGGGCAGGAUGGAAAGUCGCCUCUGUUCGUCAAAAAGGGCGUUGAAGUUGAAUACUUUGUUUAUGUAAUGCAUAGAGAGGAGGAGUUCUGGGGCAAGGAUGCGAACGAGUUCAAUCCAGACCGCUGGGUAAGCCGUAAGAGUGGCUGGGAGUAUCUACCAUUCAAUGGCGGGCCGCGAAUUUGUUUAGGGCAACAAUUUGCUCUUACUGUAGCGGGUUAUGUUAUCAGUAGGAUUUUGCAGAGAUUUGAUCAGCUGAAGUUGGAGGACGAGUCUUUUGUGCCGACUCAUCGUCUGGGUCUUACCGAUGCGCCGCAAGAGUACAUUGUUCGUUUUCACAAGAGCAGUUAA